GCCAUCGGCCAUCUCCCCCACGCCACCCUCUUCUUCCCCACGAAGCAAGCAGGGAGCACAGCCAACGUCAUCUCCCUCCCAUGGUCGGCCUCCCUUCUUCCCCAUGGAAGCCGGCUCCCUCUCCCUGCUCCCUCCCUAGCCGAGCACCUCCAGCAUCCAUGGCCGAGCUUCCCUUUUCCACUGCUGUUCCCUUGCGCGCAGAGGCUUCUCCAUGGGCGCGGGUACCUCUGCUCCAACCAUGGCGCCUCCCUCUGCUGUCCACGGCGAGCAGCCCAGCAGCCGAGCGCCUUCCCUGCUCCACGGGCGCGAGCUCCACCCCCUGCAAUUGACGCCGCGCGAGCUCACCCCAUGGGCGCGUCCCCUGCUCCACGGCAACCAGCAUGGAGCUUGGUUUCUUCUCCCAUGGCGCCCUCCUCUUUUCCUUCGCUGUUCCAGAUUGGCAUCAGGGCAGUGCGCGCUAAGCUCUCCCAACCAUGGACAGCACCCUCCCUCAGAUCCCUGCAUCCCCUAGCUGAGCGCCCCUGCUGUGUCCCCCCUGCGUGCAACGCUCACCUCCCUGCUUGCGUGCUGCUGCGCAGUGCCCAUUGGCGCUUGCUAGGUGUUCGACAAAAUGCGCAGCAAGUUGCGCGAUGCAGCAGCCCUCCCGUUCGAUCUCCACUCCCCUCGUCGCGUGUCGUCGCUCUCGUGCUCGCUGCGCAGCCCCAUCCGCGACGCUGUAAGUCCUCGCUAGUGGUAGACGCCGCGCUUCACGCCUUGCCCGUUCGACGAAAUGCCGAGCCAUGUGGACAGCCCAUGCGUUUAGUCACGACUCAUUCAGGACCGACAGAUGAUGAUCGAGCAACUGAUGUGGUGCCAACCACAAGAUGCAGUUGGUGGACGACCUGAAGAAUGGACUUAACCAGUGGAUGCUCAUCGAGCGAGUACCCACCCCAACAAACACUAUCUAAGUGUUAAAUUAAAGGCAAGCCCCG